AUGUCACCCGCAUUCUCUACCGGGGAGAAGUUGUGGUUAUUACCUCGCCUAACUUGUCUUGCACCGUUGAAAUUGAUAGGCAUCGCCUUACGCUCCCUUUUGAUUUCCCUGGCUCGAGGGCUUCCGAUUCGGCGCUAUCUUUCGUGUGCAGUCGUCAGAGUAUUUCUGGACACUUUCACACCUCGUCAGAUCCAAUACUUAUCUCCCUCGACGAAAAAAACAUACGAAAUAUGGAUAGAACGCAAAGUCUCGAAAGCGGAGAAAGCCAAAAAGGUGGUUUUGUUUCUACAUGGAGGUGGAUAUAUUUCGCCUAUAUUGCCUGGACACCUAGAGUGGUGCUGGCAAGCGUAUAUCGCAGCAGGGAUGGAGACGAAUGUCGAAGUUGCAGUGGCAGUCCUCCAGUACACCCUUUGCCCCGAAGCAAGAUAUCCGGUUCAAUUACGCCAGGCUGUCGAUGGCAUUUCACAUCUUUUAGCAUCAGGAUUUCAUCCGGAAGAUAUCGUUGUCGGCGGUGACUCUGCUGGGGGCAACCUGACAGCUCAGUUGCUCUGCCAUCUGGCCCAGCCUCAUCCUGUUGUUCGGAAGGUUGAGCUUUCUCAGCCGCUAGCAGGUUCAUUCCUUGUCUCCCCAUGGCUCAGUCGGCUUACCGGUCACGCUUCAUAUUCGGAGAAUGGCUGGAUCGAAAUGUUAUCAGGCCCAAUCAUGGACCGCUGCGCCGAGGCGCUGUUGGGAUCCGAGGAAGCACAACAAUCAUAUGCCGACCUGGCCUUUCCCUUUGAUACAAAGAGCUCGCGUUUAAGUGGACUGAAUAACGUUGUGAGUCAACUGUACGUCACCGCAGGAGACCAGGAGGUUUUCCGAGACCAGAUUAUCGCUUUCGUUCACCGGGUACGUAAAUUGAAUCCCACUCUUAAAGUGCAAUUCGAUUUUCAGCAAAAGUGUGCACACGAUUUCAUCCUGUAUGAGGGCCAGGACGAACGCAGUGGAGAGUGUAUGGAAGCGAUGAAAUUAUGGAUGACAGAUCUACUAGCUACGAGCAAACAGCACUAA